AAGAAACCUACAAGAAAAGGAAAAGAAAUCAAGAAAUUCAACCGCUACAAUAUCCUUUCUUGUCCAGAGUUCUCUGUUUGUUGUUUUCAAUUUGCAACGCUGGCUAAUCCGUGGUGGACGGGUCAAGUUGGCCUUCCAGGCCUAGACCCAUCUUCGAAUUCUUCUUCGCUCAACAAAGCCAACCUCGAAAUCUCCAUUAAUGAAACCAGUAAUAGAAACGGUGACGAUGACGAUAGAGACACUGGCGAUGAGCCUAGAGAAGGUGCGGUUGAGGUUGGUAACCGAAGACCUAGAGGUCGUCCUCCUGGAUCCAAAAACAAACCCAAACCUCCAAUUUUCGUAACCCGAGACAGCCCUAAUGCUCUCCGAAGCCACGUAAUGGAAGUUGUUGGCGGAGCUGAUGUAGCUGAAAGUGUAGCUCAGUUUGCCCGGCGCCGUCAACGCGGCGUUUGUGUGCUUAGCGGUAGUGGCUCAGUAGCUAACGUAACCCUAAGACAGCCUGCAGCACCCGGUGCUGUAGUCGCUCUUCAUGGUAGGUUUGAGAUUUUGUCCUUAACUGGAGCCUUUUUGCCUGGCCCUGCUCCACCUGGCUCCACCGGACUGACGGUGUACUUAGCUGGGGGACAGGGACAGGUCGUCGGAGGAAGUGUGGUGGGCUCACUCAUUGCAGCCGGUCCUGUUAUGGUAAUUGCAGCAACAUUUGCUAAUGCUACUUAUGAAAGAUUACCAUUAGAGGAUGAUGAAGAAGCUGCCGGCAGCGGUGGACAAGGACAGAUCCAAGGUGGGGCUAAUAAUUCACCACCUCCUAUUGGAAAUAGUGGUCAGCAGAGUGGGUUGCCGGAUCCGUCUGCGCUGCCGGUUUAUAAUUUACCGCCGAAUUUAAUGCCUAAUGGAGCUCAAUUAGGGCAUGAUGCCUUUGCUUGGGCUCAUACUCGACCGCCUUACUAAUAGACGAAGCUAUAGCUAGAUAGAGAGGAAGAGAGGAGAUUUUCUUGAGCCUACUUCUAUUGUGCUGUACUCAAAGGUAGGGAUUGUUGAGGAUUAAAAUUGAAAAAGAAAAUAGUAGAAGAAGAUAGAGAUGUUGAAAGAAGAGAAAUCAUGGUUGUGAAUGUAUAUUAAUUACUUCAACUUGGUUUUUACUUUUUUUUUUUUUUGUUUUUUUUUUUUCCCUCUUUCUGUUUGCAAUAAAAGGAUGAUUUCUGCUUUCUCAA